GAAGAAAGGAAUAACCAUAGCAACCGAUUACUAUCGUAAACUUAAUCUCCUUAUUUGAAUAAAAAAUUUCAAGUAAAAAAGCAAACACCAGGAUUCCUCACCAUGGCUGAAAUGAAUUUGAUCGUGAAUAUCACCUGCAAUCCUCCAUCGAUUGCAAUUUUCGGACCCGUCAAAGAGAGCACGAUUGAACGACUUAAUAAAAAGCUACCAAAUUCCUGCUCCACCACUAAUACAGGGAAAGUACCCUUCUCGAUGGUGAGAAAAGAGGAUCCGCCUCACUGGUAUGGGGAAAUUCGCUCUCAGUUUGCUAGCGACGACAUUGGUAAGUCUCAGCUGUUCGUUACCGUCCUGGAUGCUUUGGAGGAGGACGCGUCAUGGAGUCUGCGUGGCACCACCACCAUGACACACGACAGGGAUAAAUGUACAUAUAAAUUCUUUUUUGUGCGCGGUGCCCAUUAAAAUUCUUCAUUCUAAAAGUUGGAGGAAAGGGGAAAAAGUGUUUAAUUGAUUUAAUGGAAAACACAUGCCCACCAGGCAUUUUUUAUAUUCUAAAUGAGUUCAUGUCGAUUCAACGACUUCAUUUAUGUACAAGGAGGUGUAGCAAAGUGGAUGUAAAUGGUUUACGUAUGUAAUUAGCGUGGUUUAGCAUAUGCAUAUAUAUAUAUAUUUAUACAUAUAUGCACACAGAUACACA